AUCGUUAUGUCAUUAAAGCCCCAUUAAGACAAAAGUACAUUCUCGGUAAAUAAGGCCAACAUUCGCAAUAAUUUCAUUUGGUCAUAACAAUGCAAUUGGUUGACACGGUUCGAAGGGUCAUAAAGCCCAGUACGAUAUUAAUUACUUUAUGGCUCGUCAUUUUCUCCUCCCAACUCUUGGGCUUGGGGGCGGCCAAACGUAUUCACCGAUAUUAUGAGAAUUUGACAACAGCCAUAGAUAGCCGCAUUGUGGGAGGUCAAAAUGCCGAGUUGGGUUUUGCACCCUACCAAGUCUCCAUUCAAACCAUUUUUGGUACCCACAUCUGUGGCGGUGUUAUCAUCGAUGAACAAUGGAUCCUUACAGCAGCCCAUUGUGUUGAAGAUUAUCCCUUGGAUGUUUUGAAAGUAGUAGCGGGUACCAUUAAUUGGCGUGAACCUGGUUCGGAGCGUAACCUCAAAAUAGCCAUACCCCAUUGCAGACAUGAUCACCCGUUUUACCACAAUGACAUAGCAGUGGCCUAUUUGGACGAACCCUUGAUCUUCGAUAACAAUACCCAGAAAAUUGAAUUGUCCCAGCAUGUGCUGCAAAAAGGUGAUGUUGUCACUUUGACUGGUUGGGGAUCCACCUACUUGCAUGGCUAUCCUCCUGAGAUUUUGCAGAAAUUGGAUUUGAAUUUUGUGCCCCAUGAAGAGUGUCGCCAGUUAUGGAAUAACGAUGAAGGUGUUGGUGUAGGCCACAUGUGCACCUUUACCAAGGCAGGUGAGGGAGCUUGUAAUGGCGACUCAGGUGGUCCCUUGAUCUAUAAAGGUGAACUAGUUGGACUAGUAAACUGGGGUGCUCCUUGUGCUGUGGGUAAACCCGAUAUGCAUGCCAGCACUGUGUACUAUCAUGACUUCAUACAAUUAUCUCUUAAUCAGUGUCAAAAGAAUAGAGGCUAAUGUGUACACUUUAUUUUUAAUACACUGGUGUAAAUAAU